GCGGAGUGACGUGCCAAGAUCUUUCGUCCCACUGUUACCAAUUCUACGUUGACUAAGGGCAGGGCAAGCAAUGGCAACGAGCCACCCACGAGUCAGUAGUCACCACUGCUGUUGAGUGGGUAAAAAGCGCAAGGAAAUAAAGGCGGUAGAAGCUCAACGACCUUACUAUUCCUCCACUCCGCCAAAGCGCUUGCUCCGUCUUCCUAAUCCUUUCUCCUUCGCUUAAUGGCGGCAGCGUGCCGCCAUGAGACGCACUCUUUGUGCAGGCCGGUGGAGCAACUUUUCUAGGCACUUUGCCUUUUUUCCUUUUUCUGGCUCUCUCCAUCGCGUCAGACUGCAGAACAAGUCUAAAAAAAUGAUUUUGGGUGGAACUCAAGGAUGCGACAUGCAGGUUACGGAGAAAUCCCCAUCCAACAGAUUCAAGCUUCUUAAGGCCAUUGCAUUCGAGUAGGAAAAGGGGCCGAGUUUGGCUCAUCCAGCGCAGAGAGGAGGGAAAGUUGUUAUUCCUUCCUUGGACAUAGCAACCAAACAGGCCAUCUCAUGUGCAACAAUAUGAGGCUUUGAGAAUAAGGAAGGGGGUCUAGAAAUUGGAACUCAGACUGAGAAACUCUGGGCUGAGAUUAUGGCAAAGAGAUCAAAGAGAUGUCCAACACAACCUCAAAGGAACAAUGUUGGAUGUAUGUGGGGUUUGAUUAACUUGUUCGAUUUCCGUAGAGGCCAUCCAACUCAGAAGUUACUUUCAGAUAAAAAGAAUGGGAGCAAUAGACAUAUUGGUACUGGAUACUCUAAAAUUAAGCUUGAUUCACUCAGAAAUUCACAUGAAACUGGCACUCUUGUCGAUGAAAUUAGACAAGAUCAAGCAAGUUUGGGUUUGGCUAGCGUAAAAGAAUUGAUAGAGGAAGAGAUGUUUCAAUCUCUCAUAAAGAAAAUUUCAAUGGAUGAAGCUCAAAGGGUAACUUCUAGCACGCAAAGGGAAGUACCCCUCAGGUGGAACUACAAGCUGAGAAGACAAAAAUCAAAAUUAAUUCAUGGCAACCAGGGAAAAAAUGGUAUGGAUGUUUCAGGCAGCUUGGAUGGGAUUCAUUCAGGUAGUAUGGAUCUAACAGAGAUAUCUUCUCUCACCUUUGACGUCCCGGCACUUCUUUUAGACUUGGAAAGUUAUACAGGCCAACAAGCCAAUGUUGGUUCUAAUGAUAAGUUUGACUCACGUCCUUCCUUGGAAAGUACUAGUCUUGAUGAAAAAAUCUCUUUAGUUCAGCAUACAUUGGCUGAAUUUGCUCAGAUCAUUGCUGGUCAGAAGUCAAUGAUUGAGGGACAAAACCAUGGACAAUUGUCUGUGCAACCGAAAAAGCUAAUGGAUCGAUUAGAUGUUGCAAAUUCAGAUAAGGAGCUAUUCAUGAAGCUCCUCCAAGAUCCAGAUUCAUUUUUGCUUAAAUUUAUUCAAAAUCUUCAUGAUGUUCAGGUAAAGAAAGCAUCCAAACUAGGAUCAGAAAGAUACUCAGAGAAUGUCGCAUUGUUAGUAGAGGAGAAUGGCAAUUCAGGUAAGAGCAAUGAAUCUGAUGGUGAUCAAUCACUUCAAAAACAAAAGAGAUACAACUUUUUCUGGAGAAAAGACAAGUUAAAGGCAACAAAGCAAACAAAGCAGAACUCAAGUUCUGAAGCUUUGAGCAAAAUUGUUGUUCUCAGACCAAACCGAGUACGAUCUCUAAAUUCUUCUUUCAUUAUUACGCCGAGUUCUUCACCACAAUCCAAUCAUGUGCUUAAGUAUAAUGAAAAUGGUGAAAGAAGUGCAUCCAAUUUUUCCAUUAAAGAAAUUAAGAGGAAAAUCCAGCAAAUAUUUUGUGAGAGCAGGCAAACACAUGUUAUUUCCAUGGAUGGUAUUCGACACAGAAUUCCAAUCAGAUCCACUGACUAUGGUGAUUUCUCUGAACUGAUACAUGGUGGGAGUGCAGCAGCAAGCUCAGUAAGUCAUUGUUGUGAUGAUAACAAGCUGACUGGAUCAUUUGAUCUUGACAAUGUAAGUAAGAAGAUUACUUCAGAAGAAAAAUUUGAAGUCAAUGGCAAUAGUCAUAUUUCUCACACUGCAUCGAGAUCUGAGUCUUUUAUAUACGAGGAAGCUAGGAAGCAUCUUGCUGAGAUGCUGGACACAAGAGUUGAUGGUUUGCCGAGAGUCCAAGCUUCGGAACCUUUGGUUAAACUACUUUCUCUUUUAAAUUUCAAUGAGCUAUCUCCUGCAUCCAGUCCUCAAGGAGAUGAAUUUGCAAUGUCAUCUAAAGAGACAGGAGAUUCCUCAUUACGACAUUUAGAUAAAGGAGAAUUUGCUGAAACCAGUUCACCGGAGGCAACAUAUGUCGCAGGAAGUACAGAGAUAAUUGAAAUGGUUGAUACUAAGCGCAUUGUGGAUUCUAACGAGUUGGCUGUACCGUUGGAAUCAAGUGGAAGUGAACUAAUAGUUGUCAAUGAAAUAUGUGAAGAGGAAUCUACUACAUCACCAGGCUCGGUGCAGUCCAACCUCCGACCAAGUAACUUAGCCAGGGAGAACUUAAUAACUCUUGGAAGCAUCAAUGAAAAGCCAGAGCAACCAAGUCCAGUAUCUGUGCUCGAACCAUUAGUAUCAGAUGAUAUUAACAAUCCUAACUCUGCUGACAUUGAUAAUUAUGAUAAUCAAGUACGACAUCAACAAGCUGUUCAUGAAGAUGGAAACAACUUUGUGGGAAUUGUCGAGUCACCAGAUUCAAAUGUCAGGUUAAGAGACUAUCUUCAAGACUAUCAAGCAAGGUUUGACUAUGUUAAAGUAGUCCUUGAAGCUUCUGGCCUAACCAAUGAAUUCCCAAGGAAAUGGAAUAUGGAGGACCAGUUACUUGAACCAUCUUUGUUCAAUGAAAUCGGGAUCUUUUUUUGCUUUCUGCAAGACGACCCUAAGCUUCUAUUCGACUGCAUGAAUGAAGUCCUUUCAGAGAUGCAUGAAAAGUUCUUGAAAUGUACCCCAUGGCUGUCUUUCAUCAAGCAGAAUGUCCUACCUGUUCCUCUUGGUGGAAGCCUAAUCCAUGAAGUUGGAAAAGGACUCGAGUGGCAUCUUCGAAUACACUUGCCCAACACAUUAGAUCAAGUAGUGAAAAAGGGCUUGGAGGGUCAGUGUUGGAUAGACCUUCGAUUCGAAGCUGAGAAUAUCACCAAUAAGUUAUGUGAUGCCAUCUUAGAUGAUGCAGUAAAAGAAAUUGUUUUCGAUUCUAUGUGUUGAGUUCUUCGGGAUUCAUCAUUUCUGAGUUUACAAGAUAAUCAAGAUUGAAUACUAACAGGGAAAGGUUCAAGAAUCCUAGGAUCAGUACCUUUUUCAAAAAAAUUUAAGACUCGCAUUUACACAGCUAGUCUUAGAUUGCAUCAAUCUUUUCUUUUCUUACUGUAAAGUGUUGCGAAGUUUGAAUGGACUUGAUGUGUGGGCUAUUAGUUUAAUAUCUUGUGUUGUAUUCAAUAAUCUGAAGAAGUGUGUAAAUGCGGAUGCUACUGGAGAUCUUCGUGGUUUGAAAUGUUUUCAGAAGUUCAUUUGA